UCAAAGCCAGUCAGUCCCCUAAACCCUGUUAUCGCUAUUCCCUCAAACUCGUUGGCCUCUGAAGCAGCUUCUUCUCUUCCGUAGACUCAAAACCCCAUCGGAAAGGCGCGAACGAUUUCCAUCCGCCCUCCACCACAGCCGGCGCCGAUUCCGAUUUCAAGACCAGAGCUGAUUAUUCCAAACAACAAAGUUAGUUUUCUAGUUUCUUUCUGUGGUACAACAUGUCAUCCCUAAGGAACGCCCUUCCCAGGCGUGCUCACAAAGAACGCGCUCAACCGUCGUCGAGGAAGAAAUUUGGCCACCUUGAGAAACACAAGGACUAUGUUGAACGUGCGAAAGCCUUCCACAAGAAAGAGGAGACAUUGCGGAUACUUAGGGAAAAAGCUGCAAACAGAAACCAAGAUGAGUUUUACUUUAAGAUGAUUAGAACCAGAACUGAAGAUGGAGUUCAUAGACCAGAGAGUGAAGCAAACAAGUAUACUCAGGAUGAACUUAUGUUGAUGAAGACACAAGAUUUAGGAUAUGUUCUUCAAAAGCUUCAGAGUGAGAGGAAGAAAAUUGAAAAGUUAGCUGCUUCUUUGCACUCCAUUGAUAAUCAGCCAACGAACAAGCAUAUCUUAUUUGCUGAAGACAGGGAAGAGGCUAAAGAGUUACAAUCACAAUAUUCAAGAAGUGAAAUUCCUCUUAUUUCUGACAAUAUUCAUACUAACAUUAAAAGGAAAAUAGAUCGGUCAUACAAAGAGUUGGAAGCAAGGAGGACUAGACUCAGCCAGCUACAGAAAAUGUACAUGGAUAUGUCAAUGAAGAAGGAGUUGCAGAAAAACGGUAGGAAGCGCAAACUACGCGAAGAUGAGAUUGUCUCUCCAACCACUGAGCCAGUUUACAAGUGGCGUGCUGAAAGAAAGCGUUAAAAAGAGAACUUUGAGCUGCUUCUUUAUUCUUCCUGACCUUUCACCAUAAGGCUGGCGACUGGAGCUCGAGAAUAUACGUAUUACUUGAAGUAGAACUGAAAAAAACUUGCAUGCCUAGCUGAUGAAGCAAAUUAAGUUGGAUCACUACUGAUGAAUUCCAUAUUAUGUAACACAAUUAUUUCACUCUGUUGAGUAUCCUUCCAUUUUCAAUGUCUGUCACUUGACUGUGUCUCAAACUCUCAAGUCUUAUGUUGUAUCAUGCAACUAUUGGUUUAGCAUGAGGCUGCUGCAAAUGCUCUAAACAUGCUUCCUACACAUUGACUAAUAUUAAUCUACGGCAUAGGCUGUGAUCGGUUUCAAAGA